CUGCUUCUUCUUAAAAUAAAACUGCCACUGAACAGCAGCAACACUGAGGGUGCAAAGGAACUGCUAAAUUCGAGAGAAGAAAACAGACCCUUUUUCACCAGCCAAGAUGUCGGACAGAAGCCCCUUUGAAACAGACAUGUUAACCCUUAAUCGAUAUGUCAUGGAGAAAGGACGGCGGGUUAAAGGGGCCACAGGAGAACUGACCCAGCUGUUGAACUCGAUGCUCACUGCCAUAAAGGCCAUCUCUUCAGCGGUUCGAAAGGCAGGCCUUGCUCAUAUGUUCGGAAUAGCUGGCACUGUGAAUGUGACUGGGGAUGAACAGAAGAAGCUUGAUAUUUUAUCUAAUUCUCUGGUUAUUAACAUGCUACAGUCCUCCUACAGCACAUGUGUCCUGGUGUCAGAGGAGAAUAAAGAAGCUAUUAUCACUCCAAAAGAUAAGAGGGGUAAAUAUAUCGUGUGCUUUGAUCCACUUGAUGGCUCUUCCAACAUAGACUGCUUAGCUUCGAUAGGAACUAUAUUUGCUAUCUACAAGAAGACAUCAGAAGACGAGCCUUCUGAGAAAGAUGCCUUACAGCCGGGGCGCAACAUCGUCGCAGCCGGCUAUGCCUUGUAUGGCAGCGCAACUUUGGUAGCGCUUUCCACGGGGCAAGGAGUGGACUGCUUCAUGCUGGAUCCGGCUCUCGGUGAGUUCAUUUUGGUGGAAAAAGACGUAAAAAUGAAGAAGAAAGGGAAAAUCUACAGCCUCAAUGAGGGCUAUGCCAAGUACUUUGAUCCUUCAGUGACAGAGUAUUUACAACAUAAGAAAUUUCCUGAGGAAGGUGUUUCGCCUUAUGGUGCCAGAUAUGUGGGCUCCAUGGUGGCUGAUGUUCAUCGUACCCUGGUAUAUGGUGGGAUCUUUUUGUAUCCAGCUAACCAGAAGAGUCCAAAAGGAAAGCUCCGACUUCUUUAUGAGUGCAACCCCAUCGCUUUCAUCAUGGAGCAGGCUGGAGGAGUAGCUACCACCGGGACGGAAGCUGUGCUGGAUGUGAAGCCAGAGUCCAUUCACCAAAGAGUCCCUUUUGUUGUUGGUUCUCCAGAUGAUGUUCAAGAAUACCUGAGCUUCGUGCAGAAACACCCAAAGACCACCUCGUGAUCCUCUGGCAUUCCCCAUGCUUCUGCUUUUCACUGCGCAGUGGGAAGAGGGUGAUGCUUAGUGAAAAACUUCCACCCUCCUGACAAGCAAUAGAAAAAAGCCAUUUUUGUUUUUUUUUAAAUGGUUUAUUUUCUGCUAAUGCAAAAUAUGACACUCCUCACCUCCGUUUCUGUGAUACACAAAUAAAAAUGCAGCCUGCAGAAUGGCAA